AUGUCUGAUCAAAAUGCUUCAAUGAGAAGCACACAAAAUGAUGGAGACACAGGUGAAAGGCUAAAUGCCAUUGCCUCUUUUUUUGAUUGUUCUUUAGAACAAGUUAAAUCUAUUGAUAGCGAUAUCGUAACACACUUGAACGAUAAACUUUUACAAUUUAAUGAGCUUAAAUCAGAAAACUUGCAAAUCACUGUCUCAUUUGAUGAAUUAAAAACAAACUCUGCGAAAAAAAUUAGUAGUUUGAAAACAGAGAUGGAGAGUGUUUUGAGGCAAAAUGAUGAAAUCCGAAAAGAAAGAAAUGACACUUCUGCCAAAUUCGAGUCUCUACAAAGAGAAAAGACACAGCUAUCGAACGAAUUAGAGUCGAUACAGAGAAAGGCAAAUGACUUGAGCGAAGAGAAAAAGGAAAUUCAAAGCAGCCAACAGCGGACUUUGAAAAUACUGGACGAAAGACUAAAGGAAUUAGAAAUGGUCAAGGCCGAAAAUAACCGCUGCGACAAUGAAUGCAAAAAAUUACGAUCUACUAUAUUAGAAUUAGAAACGAAACAUCAAUCUUAUAUUUCUAGUGAUCUGAACUCUAAGUCUCAACUAGAAAGAAGAACGCAAGAGCUAAAUCUACUGCAGUCAAAUAAAGAUUGGCUGGAAAAGGAAUUGUCGUCCAAAAAUGAGCAAUAUCUUUCAUACAGGCAAAAAACAAACACAAUAAUUACAGAAAUUAGAAAUGAUUUAAAUCGUUUACGGAAUGAUUUCCAAUUAGAAAAAACAAAUAACGAUGUCUUGAGGCAAAAAAACAAUGAGCUAUCGAAAGAUUUACAAGAAAAACUUUUACAGAUUAAAACUUUAUCAGAUUCUUCGGAUAGUGAAAAACUCGACUUUUCUGCAGAGAUUACUUUAAAACAACGUUUAAUAGACCUUUUGGAAUUACAAUUGAAUGCAGUGAAAGAAGAAUUAAACAAUACACGAGAAUCCAACUAUUCUGACGUAACCUCAAAUGACUCGAAACGGCUCAUAUUUGAAAAUGAAAAGUUACUUAAAGAUUUGCAAUCAACGAAACAAAAAUUAACACAAUGUGAAAAUGAGUACCUUCGCCUAUCAUCUAUCACAAAAGAGGCAAGUAAAGAAGACAAUGUCUUGACUUCUAAAUCUAAUGGAGACUUCAUAUUAUUGAGGAAGCAAUUAAUUAAAGAAAAGCGUGCUAAGGAACAUCUUCAAAACCAAAUUGAAUCAUUUAUUGUUGAAUUGGAACAUAAAGUACCAAUUAUCAACUCUUUCAAAGAAAGAACAGACACCUUGGAAAACGAAUUAAACAAUGCUGCAUUACUACUGGAACAUACAUCCAACGAGAAGAAUGCCAAGAUUAAGGAAUUAAACGUCAAAAAUGAAAAACUGGCGGAAUAUGAAGAUGAAAUCCACAUAUUGUCCAAACAACGUCUUGAUUUAUGUCGUCAAAUUCAAUAUCUCUUGAUCACAAAUUCAGUAUCCAAUGACUCUAAGGGACCUUUACGCAAAGAGGAAAUCAAAUUUAUUCAAAACAUUUUACAAAACGACGAUAGUGCUACAACUGAAUCAGACUCGCAAAAAAUUGUAACGGAAAGGUUAGUUGAAUUUAGAGAUAUUAUUCAGUUACAAGAGAAAAAUUCAGAAUUGUUGAGAGUAACAAGAAACUUAGCCGAUAAAUUAGAGUCAAAUGAAAAUAAAUCUAAACAAUAUCUUAAGAAGAUUGAAACCAAAACUAUAAAUGAAGCUAAAGAAGCGAUCCUUACCUUACAAAGCCAAAAAGCACAGUUAGAAUCGAAAAUCCACGAGUUAGAAAAGGAACGAGAAAAAUUUAAGGACUGGACUUUGGAUCAAAAGGCUUCACCUAAUAACUCGAUAAUACAACAAUUAACUGAGACUAAAAGAGAGCUAGAAUCCCAAAUCCAAGACUUACAAGCCCGUAUUUCUCAAGUUACCGGAGAAUCUACCGAGAAUAUGUCACUUUUGAAUAAGGAAUUACAGGUCCUAUAUGAUAGCAAAAGUAGCCUAUCAAUUGAGCUAGGAAGGGAAAAGUCAUCUAGGAUAUUGGCAGAAGAGAGGUUCAAAUUACUUUCAAAUACGCUAGAUUUGACUAAAGCGGAGAACGACCAAUUACGCAAGAGAGCAGUUAAUUUACAAAAUGCCAUCUCAAAACAAGAUUCAAAGACCCAGGAGACACUUAAUGAGUACGUUUCUUGCAAAUCGAAACUAAGUGUUACUGAAACAGAAUUAUCCAAUUUGAAGUCAGAGCAGACACUGAAAAUCGAAUUAGAAAAAAACCUAAGACGAGAACUAAGUGAACUUUCUUCUGAGAAAAACAGUUUACAUAUAAUGGUAACUCAAUUGCAAACCCUCCAAAAGGAACGUGAGAACCUAUUAGAUGAAACUAAAAAAUCUUGUCAAAACAAAAUAGGUAUAUUAGAAAAUGCGCAAAAUGAACUAAAAACCGAAGCUAUUCAUAAAGACCAAUACAUUAAACAACUGGAAGAAGAUAAUGACACAAAAGUUGAAUGGUAUCAGAACAAAAUUGAAACUUUGAGGAAAGAUCAUGAAUCUAUUAUGAAUUCUUUAAAUGAAAAGCAAAUUGAGGUUGAGAAAUUGCAGUAUGAAGUCAAGUCUUUAGAAAAGGAAAUCGAAGAAAACAAGAUUCGUUUACAUACUUACAAUGUACUAGAUGAAUCUGUUAACGAUGAUUCCUUACGCAGAGAACUGGAAAAGUCGAAAAUAAACUUAACUGAAGCUUAUUCUCAAAUCCACGAAUACAAAAAGCUUUACGAGACUGCUGAUAAAUCUCUACAGGAAAUGACAUCCAAACUAGAUGAAUCUAAUAAAACAUUUUCUAAUCAAAUUCAAAGUUUAACUGAUGAAAAGACCACUUUAGAGGAUAAAGUUUCCCUUCUGAAAGAGCAAAUGUCUAAUUUGAAUAAUGAAUUAGAUUUACAAAACCAAGCCAUGGAAAAAGAAAAAUCCGAAUUCAAGAAAAAGAUUUCUAUUUUACAAAAUAACAACAAAGAAAUUGAAGCGGUCAAAUCUGAGUAUGAGUCCAAGUUGUCGAAGAUUCAAAAGGAUCUUGACCAGCAAACUACAUACGCUAAUACUGCCCAAAAUAACUAUGAACAGGAAUUGCAAAAACACGCAGAUGUUUCCAAGACUAUUAGUGAACUAAGAGAACAAUUACAUACUUACAAGAGUCAAGUAGAAACUUUAAACCUAACACGUGACCAGUUUGAAAAAACUCUAAAGGAAAACGAAAACAAUUGGAAUUCCCAAAAGGAGUCUUUAUUAGAACAGAUAGAUCUAUACAAUUCACGAAUCGGAGAUCUUUCAUCACAAAAUAAACUAUUGUACGAUCAAAUUGAAUUAUACACCACUGCGGGCAAUAAAGGUGCCGACACAAAAAGUGGGCCUGCUUUGAAUAAUGAUAUUUUAACCACAUUACGUCGUGAAAGAGACAUUCUCGACACUAAAGUCGCAGUAGCUGAACGAGAUGCUAAAAUGCUAAGACAAAAAAUUUCUUUGAUGGAUGUUGAAUUACAAGAAGCUCGUACGAAAAUGUGUAAUUCAAAGGCCGAAAAUGAAAAACGUUCCUUUAUCAUUGAACAACAUGAUGAGAUUAUGGAAAAGCUAAAUCAAUUGAACUUAUUAAGGGAAAGUAAUACAACGCUGCGUAAUGAGCUCGACAAUUCCAAUAGUAAGAACAAGGAACUUCAAUCUGAAUUAGAUCGACUAAGGGAUAAUAUUGCGCCUAUCGAGGCUGAACUAGCCGCCCUAAAGUUUUCCAUUCAAGAAAAGGAACAAGAAAUCAGACUAACUAAGGAAGAGGUUCAUCGUUGGAAAAAACGCUCACAGGAUAUAAUGGAAAAGCACCAACAAUUGAGCUCAACUGAUUACGAAAAGCUGGAAACUGAGAUAGAGAGUUUGAAAGCACAACUCGAAGAUAAAACGCAACAAGGUGCUGAUUCGGAGGAAAAGUUUAACAGAUUAAGAAGGCAAGCUCAAGAAAAAUUGAAAGCGUCGAAACUUUCACAGGACUUAUUGAUUGAACAACUAAAUGAGUUAAAAGAUGCCAAACUUGCAUUAGAAAAGUCAUUUAACGAUGCCAAUGCAAGAAUUCAAGAGUUGGAAGAUGCAAAAGUAGCAGAAAAUAGGAAUCAGUUAAAUAUGAUCAAAAAAUUACAGGAAGAUACAAAAGAGAACUCUAAAGAACUCGAAACAAAGUUAGAAGAAAACACAAUUUCCUAUGACUCCACGGUUAAGAAACUAAACGAAGAAAUUUGUAUUUUAAAAGAAGAAUUAGAAAAGCAAAGGCAAAUCCAGCAGCAGAUCCAAGCUGCGGCAGGAACAGGACAAGAAGAUUUAUCGAAGGUCGUUGAGUCUAUGAAAAGAUCAUUUGAAGAAGAGAAAAUUAAGUUCAUUGAAGAAAAGACCAGAGAAGUUAAUCAAAAGAUACGAGAAUUUCAAGAGGCUCAAGAAGCCCAAGAAGCCCAAGAAGCUCAAAACAAGGUUAUUCAACCAAGCAACAUCAAUAUAGAUGAAAUAAAAAAACAAUGGGAAGCAGAGCACGACGAAGAAGUUUCGAAAAAGAUCCGUGAAGCUGAGGAAGCUCUCAAAAAGCGCAUAAGAUUACCUACAGAAGAGAAAAUCAGCAAGAUAAUUGAACGCAAAAAAGAAGACUUAGAGAAAGAGUUUAACGAAAAAGUGAAGGAAAGGUUAAAGUCGAUAAACCAGUCUGGAAAAAUGGAAGAUAUAUUUCAAAAGCAACUGGAGAGUAAGAUCCAAGAGAAACAAAGAGAACUAGAAAACGAAUACAACAGAAAACUGCAGGAAAGGUUAGGGGAACUUCCGCCUUCUGCUAUCAUUUCUCCUGAUGAUAAAGAUCAGUUACGGGCAGACGUUGAGGCCCAAUUGAGGGAGGAGUUCAAYGACGAAUUGCAGAGUAUAAAGAAAAAAUCUUUUGAAGAAGGCAAACAACAAGCAAUAAUGAAAACGACCCUUUUAGAGAGAAAGCUUGCCAAGAUGGAAUCCCAACUUUCAGAAACGAAGCAAGGUGUCGAUAGCCCUCCCAAACACAUAAACAAAAUGCCCAAUCCAUUGUUAGGGUUACCUAGAAAGAUUGAAGAGAAUUCCAAUUCUCCAUUUAAUCCACUGCUGUCUGGUGAAAAGCUUCUGAAACUGAACUCUAAAUCGUCCUCGUCUGGUGUAUUUAAUCCUUUUACUUCGCCAUCUCCGAACAAGCCUUUGCAAAGAGAUGAAGCAGAACGAGAGCCUUUGAGCAACGAAACAGACCCGCCGACUCAUUUGGCACCCAGUUUCAAUAUUCCUGCUCCACAGGGUCCGAAUUCCUCGUCUUCUACACUGUCAACCGAUACAAAUGACGAGGAACGCACCGUUAAUGAGCAGGAGGGAAAUAAUGUAUUUGAUGGAAUUGGUCAAUUACAAGACAAAAAAGCACAAGGAAAAGGGGAAUACCUCAUUGAAGCAGCAGGUGCAUCAAACGACGAAACAAAAUUUAACAAACGUCCUAUUGACGAGGUUGGAGAAUUAAAUGAUGAUGAUGAUGAAAUUGACACAGAUUCUAUGAAUGAGGCAAAGAAGAUCAAGAUUGAUGAUGAAGAAGAAAAGGAAGAAGAAGGUAGACGUUAA